AUGCAGUACAAGUCACUUGUUUAUACAGCUCUCCAGGCGAUGCUCUCCCUGAGCUCACUGGCAGAUGCGUCAAGUCCGAAAAGCCGUGUGGAACGGUGCUUGAAGUCUUACUCGGACCAUGGCAACUCAGCCGAGAAGACACAUGCCAGCAAGAAUGUGUACAAGACCGACUUUGACGGCGUGACUUGGGACGACGACAACUGGGUGUUGAAGACCACGACUCUGGAGCAGGGUCGGUUCCAGUCCCGAGGUUCCGUGGCCAACGGCUACUUGGGUAUCAAUGUUGCCAGUGUUGGUCCGUUCUUUGAAUUGGACAACGCGACCAAGGGCGGUGACGUGAUCAGUGGUUGGCCGCUGUUCUCACGUCGCCAGUCAUUCGCGACAAUCAGCGGCUUCUGGGACUCCCAACCUACGACGAAUGGCUCUAACUUCCCCUGGCUCUAUCAGUACGGCGGUGAUAGUGCGAUCAGUGGAGUUCCCCAUUGGAGCGGCAUUAUCCUGGAGCUUGAUUGUCAGACUUAUUUGGAUGCCAAUGUGGACAAUGCGACCCUUUCCAAUUUCACCUCGACCUAUGAUUUCCAGGCGGGUGUUCUCUCGUGGUCUUACAAGUGGAAGCCAAAUGAUCAUUAUGGAUCUUUCGAUAUCAGCUAUCGCCUGUUUGUCAACAAGUUGUAUGUCAAUCAGGCCGUCGUGGACAUGACAAUCGUCCCUUCCAAGGAUGGCAACGCAACCAUCGCCAACAUUUUGGACGGGUACUCUGCAGUCCGUACCGAUUUUGUUGAGUCUGGCGAGGAAAAUGGUGCUAUCUACUCUGCUGUGCGACCCAAUGGAAUUGCCAAUGUGACGGCUUACGUUUAUGCCAACCUCACUGCUUCUUCCUCGGUGGAUUUGUCGUCGCGCAAGCGCGUCAACAACAAGCCGUACGUCAGCGGUAACUCCUCGUCUGUGGUGCAGACCGCCCCGGUUGCUUUCAAGAAGGGGAAAAAGGUCCAAAUUACCAAGUUUGUCGGCGCUGCCUCUACGGAUGCCUUUGCCAACCCUCAGAAUGUGGCCAAGGAGGCAGUCAUGGCAGCGGCCAAGAACGGCUACGCAAAGUCCCUUAAAGCCCAUGUGGAAGAGUGGGCGAAUGUCAUGCCAGUUGACUCGGUCGAUCGCUAUGCUUUCCCGAAUGGUACCUUGCCCAAUGACAACUACAUCAUUGACUCUGCUGUGAUCGCAGUCGCAAACACCUAUUAUCUUUUGCAGAACACCGUUGGCAAGAACGCCAUGAAUGUGUCCAACAACACCAGCUUGAACAGUCACAGUAUCUCUGUCGGUGGCUUGACUUCUGAUUCUUACGCUGGCCAGGUGUUCUGGGAUGCCGAUGUCUGGAUGCAGCCCGGCCUGGUUGCUUCACAUCCCGAGGCUGCUCAGCGCAUCACCAACUACCGUGUGGAUCUGUACCCGCAAGCAAAGGAGAACAUCAAGACCAAGUUCACUGGAUCGAAAAAUAGCACGUAUUUCGCACCUGAUGCUGCCAUCUAUGCCUGGACCAGUGGACGAUAUGGUAACUGUACGGCCACGGGUCCAUGCUGGGAUUACGAGUACCACCUGAAUGGUGACAUUGGUCUCGCGAUCAUCAACGAGUGGGUAGCGAGCGGUGAUAACGAGACUUUCAAGAACUCUCUCUUCCCUAUUUACAACUCUGUUGCCACGGUCUACUCCAAUUUGGUGGAGCGAAACGGAUCUCACUGGACCUUGACCAACAUGACCGACCCGGACGAGUACGCGAAUCAUGUCGACGCUGGUGGCUUCACGAUGCCGCUCAUUGCGCAAACGCUUACCAAUGCCAACAAGUUCCGUCAGGAGUUUGGCUUGGAGCAGAACUCCACCUGGGAUGAAAUUGCCAAGAACGUUCUCGUUCUCCGUGAGAACGGGGUGACUCUUGAGUUCACAACCAUGAACGGCAGUGCUGUGGUGAAACAGGCCGAUGUUGUCCUGAACACUUACCCGCUGGACUACACUGCCAACUACUCCCAGCAGGAUGCCUUGAAUGACUUGGACUAUUACGCCAACAAGCAGUCCCCAGACGGACCAGCCAUGACAUGGGCUAUCUUUGCAGCUGUCGCCAACGAAAUGUCGCCCUCGGGUUGCUCUGCGUACACCUAUUCUCAAAACGCCUACAAGCCCUACACGCGAGCACCGUUCUACCAAAUGUCAGAACAGCAAAUCGACAAUGCCACCAUCAACGGCGGCACCCACCCUGCCUUCCCAUUCCUGACCGGCCACGGCGGUUCCAACCAAGUCGUUCUCUUCGGCUAUCUCGGUCUCCGCUACGUAGCCGACGACAUCCUCCAUGUCGACCCCAACCUGCCCCCCCAGAUCCCCUACCUCAAAUACCGUACCUUCUACUGGAAAGGCUGGCCCAUCUCCGCAUGGUCAAACCACACCCAUACCGUGAUCAGCCGCGCCGCGACCAAGCCCCUCGACACCGCAGACCAGCGCUUCGCCAACCAAUCCAUCACCAUCCACUCCGGCCUCGACACAAACCACACCACCUACAUCCUCCCCAGCAACGGCAGCUCCGUCGCCCUCCCCAACCGCCAAAUCGGCGCCAUCAACACCAUCGACGGAAACCUGAUCCAAUGUCAACCCGCCCAAUCCAGCGAAACCUUCGCACCCGGCCAAUUCCCCAUCGCCAUCAACGACGGCGCCACCUCCACCAAAUGGCAACCCAGCCACGCCGCCAACCUCAGCGCCGUAACAGUCCCCCUCGACCAAGACGCCGGCCAAAUGAUCACCGGCUUCCACUUCGACUGGGCCCAAGCACCCCCCGUCAAUGCAACCGUCAUCUUCCACAACAAGACCCUCGACAACCCCGCCCAAACAUUCACCUCCUCAUGCGCCUCAAACACAACAGACUUCCAGAUCAUCAGCUCUCUAACCAACAUCGCCCUUUCAAACCCCUACAAGCCCAACAUCACAAACCUAGACGAGAUCAUGAUCCCCACCGGAAACACCACCAACGUGACUCUCUCCUCCGCCGUUCCCGCUGCACGCUACGCAUCGCUUCUGAUCAUAGGCAACCAGGCCCUUGAUGAAGCCGACGUCAAGGCCAAGAAUGGUACCGGUGCGACGGUGGCCGAGUGGGCGAUCAUCGGACAGUCGAAGACCAAGACGAAGGCAAAGCAGACUCGCAGCGGCGAUGUUGGUAUCAUCGAGUCGCGGAUCUUGAAGAGUAGAGUCGCGGAGAGAUUGGCGAGCGCUCAGGCCAAGGGUCGUCGGUCGAGAGGGUUGUAA